AUGGAGGUGGCUCGGAAAGGCAGGNAGUGGUGGUGGGCGGGGGGAUGUAACUUCAUCACCGAAUUUAGCGGUGCCAGAUUCUCUCCAUCACCAGGCAGAAUCCUUGCUGCCAAACUGCUACCCAAAUCUCGUGUCACUCCCAGUUUCCUUAGAGGAGACAAGAUGGAAGUAGUAAAGGAGUUGAGGGAGUGUUUGCAUUUUAUAUUCACAGCACAAUUCUGGAGAAUGGCAGUUCUGUGGACAGCCGCUUUGGUUUUUUCCCAUUUGAAAUUGUUUUCCCCAACAUUUUUACUGCCGAAAUCCAAACACUACUCUCAUCGUUCUUUAAAAGACUGUAUUUCUGCCUCAGCACCUGUAAUGAGGCCCAUCUGCAUAAUCACCGGGGCUACCUCUGGUUUGGGUGCUGCAGCUGCUUAUGCUCUUUCAAAGGAAGGCUUUUACAUUGUUCUUGCUGGAAGAUCCUCUGAACUGCUAUCAAAGGUUACAUCUGAUAUCAAGAGAAGAAACUAUGAUGCUUGCCUGAAAGCUUUUCAGGUUGAUAUAACUUCCUUUGAGUCAAUCCUGAAGUUCAAAUGCUCACUUCAGCAGUGGCUAUUGGAUUCAAAUAUGCAUUCUUCUAUUCAACUCCUGAUAAAUAAUGCUGGGAUCCUGGCAACAUCCUGCAGACUCACUUCCGAAGGCUACGAUCAGAUGAUCACAACUAAUUAUAUUGGUGCAUUUUGUCUUACCAAAGUCCUGCUUCCUUUACUGGAAAAUAGCAUUGCCCCCUCUCGUGUGGUUAAUGUCACAUCCUUUACACAUUGGAGUGUACGGUCCAUGCAGGUGGACAGAGGAACUAUGAAGUGUUUUUCAAAAUCGAAGUACUACCCCUUUGCUCAUAUAUACGAGUAUUCUAAAUUAUGCCUUUUGCUGUUUUCGUAUGAGCUACAUCGACAAGUUGGCCACACGGAGAAAUCUCAUAAACUAUCUGUAGUCGCUGUGGAUCCUGGAGCUGUGAAAACCAAUAUUAUGAGAGAAAUUCCUUCAGGCAUUGCACAAUUGUCAUAUGUAGUCUUGAAAUUUUUGGGCCUUCUCCAAUCUCCUGAAAAUGCAGUAUGCUCAAUUCUUGAUGCUGCCCUUGCUCCUCCAGAAGUAUCAGGAGUAUACUUCUUUGGAGGAAAUGGUAGAACUCUAAAUUCAUCUGCUCUUUCUUAUGAUGCGAAACUCUCCAAGGAUCUUUGGGAUACAUCUUGUAACCUGUUCCGAGAAUUGCAUCUUGCUGCCAAAGACACCUGA